AUGGAUGCAGCCGAACAUGAUCUGGACGCAAAACUCUACAAAGCUUCAAGUACCCUUCUUUCCGAAGUCCAGCACAAACUUCCAUUGCUGUUGUACCAGCACGGGACAGGUCCAUUAAAACAUCGUCUUCGAGUCCUCGACUCAAAAUGUGAAGAGCUGGUUCGAUUGCUCGAUCGCUUUCAAGAAUGGCCUCAAUUGCUUGACCCAUCUCUUUCCACAUUGAUCCAGCUUCUAACCGAUGCCUUCGUAGGCUACCUCGCAGAAUCGAGCAGUCGGUAUGGCCCGACACAACAACAUGGUUCCGUCUGUCCUUUGCCACGAGCGAUAUGCAGAAUUCUCUACUCUUUUUGCAAAGUCAGGGGCUACAAAGUUAUUGUUCGUUUACUCAAUAAUGAGCCUAAAUACUUGGCUCCUAUGCUGUCUGCUUUCACGGCUUGGAAUACACCGUCGAAAGGCAUGACCUGGGAAGAGCGAUACGUCAUGCUUCUUUGGCUCUCUCAUCUGAUGCUUGCGCCCUUCGAGCUGGCCACCGUGUCUGUCAGCAACACCGUCACAGCCCUUCCCGGUGACCUUGGUAAUCUCCCUGGCAUCGCUGGUGAUGUCAUUUCAGUUGCCUUUCGACAACUGGAAAGCCCGGGCAAAGAGCGUGAGGCUGCGAGUGUGCUGCUGGUGCGGCUGAGCCUACGAAGAGACAUGCUAGCCCAUAGACAGCCCAUGAAGCUUGUGCAUUACGCUUCUCAAAAGCUCCUUAGUGACACUGAUCGGGUCAGUGUGAGUCCCUACAAAGCUUUGGGCCUUCUGUCGCUUCUUUACGGCAUCACAAACUCUGGUUCGGAUAUUGAGGUUGCUUCUUAUCUUGAGGACGUCUACAAUUCGAUAAUGAAGAUUGCCACAGCUGAGAGGAGCCACUUUGCCGCCAUCAGGGACUCUGCCCCUGCAAGGAAAUGGACCUUGAAGAUUUUGCGAGCAGUUCUGCUGCAUGCCGUCUCCUUGAGCUCAAGCCAUCCUUCUCUGCAACCAAAGAGCCUGAAGACCAUGCUUGAGGAGAGUAUACAAUACUUCCUCGAUGCCCUCAGCGACAAAGAUACACCAGUCAGAAUGGCCGCGGCGAAGGCGCUGAGUGUUGUAACCCUGAGAUUAGAUCCUGACAUGUCUGCAGAGGUUGUUGAAGCCAUCUUGGGGUGUCUCGAAGAAAAUGUCCUGUUAGAAGAUCCCCGCAGCCAUAAACUUAUGGCAAUAACCGAUAGAACCAUCGACGAUCCCGCAAGUAUGAGAAGAGUCAUUACCGCGGUCGACCCUCUGAGAUGGCAUGGCUUGAUGUUGACGCUUGCUCACUUACUGUUCCGCCGAUCUCCUCCGUCUCAGAUGCUUUCGGAUAUCAUCCGGGCCUUGCUCUUGGGCUUGGGCUUUGAGCAGAGGUCCAAUGUCGGAACUUCAAUUGGUGUCGGUGUCCGGGAUGCCGCUUGCUUUGGUCUCUGGGCUUUGGCGAGAAAGUACAGCACUUCAGAUUUGAAUGGCGUCCCAUUCUUGGACUAUGCUGAACCAAGUGAAACAGAGUGCCACAGUGUCCUACAGUUGAUAGCCGUCAGACUGACGAUAUCUGCUUGCCUCGACCCUUCUGGUAACAUUCGCCGAGGAUCAUCAGCGGCACUACAAGAGCUCAUCGGUCGGCAUCCCGAUACAAUCACUAAUGGUAUUUCGGUGGUUCAGGCUGUGGACUACCACGCUGUGGCGCGACUUUCCCGAGCCAUGACUGAGGUCGCCCCACAGGCCGCUGCUCUUGGUAGUGUCUACCACAGAGCCCUGUUGGAGGCCGUGCGAGAAUGGCGAGGAGUUUGUGCUGCCGAUGUCAAUCAGCGUCGCUGGGCUGCCUCGACUAUUCAACUUCUCACUGAAACCCUUCCCGUGCCAGAAAUCCCCUCGUUUGCAGAAGCCGUCAUUUACCAACUCCUGGAUCUUAAGCCUGUUAAUAUGGGCAGCACUGCAGCAGCAAGACACGGUUUGCUUCUCGGGCUCGCCUCUGUAUUUGGCUCACUUACAAAGCUUGAUCCCGAGACAGCAUUGUGCUGGCUUGAGAAACGUGGAAACAAGGCUCUCGAUUUGAAGAUGUUAACCGGAAAGAUCGAGGGCCGCACAACAUCGGAUAUCGAGCUUGUCAUGGAAGGAAUAGCCACGCUCAUUUCUAAAAUCAGCAAAUGCUGCGCGAAGGCAAAAUUAAGGCCAGCGCCUGUGCUGCAAUUGUGGGUUUCCGCGGCUGCUGGAGUUCUCAAUCAUUGCACCACAGCGGGGACGAGGGAGAUCACUGUCCAAACAAGCGCCGAAGCAUUUGUGGAGCUGUUCAGAAUCCUUCCACUUUCCGCGGAUGGCACUAUGAUCGAAGGGUGGCUCGAGGACACACGCCAGCCAUCGGCAGCUUCUACCAGCAAAGGACGCCUGAAAACGCUCGGAUUGAUCUACGGAUACCUGGCACAGGUUCAGUCUCAUCAUGGAAUCCGGCAAAACAUCGUGUCGUACACCAUGGAUAUCGUCCAGGGACCAUACAAAAUCGAGACAAGAGUUGACGCCAUGGAGGCUCUGGGUGUUAUACUGGCCAGUGAAAUACCAAAAGCCGACGAAAAUAUGACAAGUCGACUGUACAAUGUAUUCCAAUGUGGUUUGACAGACUACACCAAUGAUCAACGAGGGGACAUUGGUUCAACGCUCCGACUGCAGGCACUCGAGACCGUCGACAUAUACCGAAUUCAGCUGGGUUCCUGUGAACAAGCUAGCACAUUUUCGAAGGACGUGAUGCCACUUGUUGUGAAAUUGGCAGCAGAGAAGCUGGCCAAUGUACGUUUCCGCGCGUGGAAAUGCUUAGAAAGCCACUGGAAAACGGAUUUGUCUCUACCACGCCUCCGGGAUAUUUUCCAUUAUUCUACUGAUGUCUCCUCGGUCACAUACUUUCAGCAAUUGAUGGAACUAAUAUGCAUAUCCUGGGCACAAAGAGCGCUCAUUGUUGGGCUUGUUUCAUCAGCAACCUCCGGCGCAGAAGAUCUUUGUCGUGCUGCGAGCAACGCGUUUGUGUUACACAUGCAGUCUCUUGAUACGAAGCCGCAGGAAAUGCUUGCUGAGACAGUUUCGACGAUCGUUGUUGAAGAGCUUGCACUCAAGGCUCAAGAAGAUGACCGCCAGGUUGUCCCUUUGCUUGACUUUCUGUGUUUCAUCAUCGAUCAAAAUCUAUACGUUGUCGACUCGAGCAGACGUUUAGACAAUACUAGUCUGGACUUAUGGUCUGUGAUGCAAAAAGUCCACAACUCCAUGUCGAACCUCCAGAGAAUUGAGGCUUCUCUGAAUGUCUACUCGAGGAUGUUGGCUAUCGAUGUCUAUCGUGCCAGGGCGCUGGAUAAAUUGACACGGCAGCUGCUCCAUCGCUGGCCAAAGAUCCGCAACAUUGCGGCGGACUUUCUCUAUGUUGACUACCCCAGCCAGAGACUUGCCCUUUGCGACUGGAACGAACCGCUGGCCAGAAUCAAGCCCGUCGUGCUCGAGAUCCGAAAGCAGGUCGGUGCAGCCGGGGCGAGCUCCACUAAGUCAGCAGCCUGA